UCCAAUUUUUUGAUCCGCAUACCUCCUCGUCCUCUGUCUCUGUGUAAUUGUGAUUGAACAUUAUAGAUUUCUUUCUUUCUGAUUUAUCAAUCCUUACCCCGCCCCCCUUUGGUUCGGAUGCCCUAAAAUGAUUUCAACUUAAUCACUGCUUAUAGAUGUUGGAAUUAUAAACCAAAUCGACGGAAGUACUUUCUGUUUAAAUGCUUCAAUGAUUUGUAUCAGGGUUAGAUUUGACUAUAUAAGAAGGAGGAGACUCUCCAAAUGGUUUAGGGUUCGAUUUGAGAAUUUAACAACUCCUUGACGUUUACCGAGAUAUUCAAUUAACAUUGUGACAGGAUCCCCCUGUUUAAGGAAAACGAACAAUCAUUCACUGAAAGAUCGAAAGGAGUGAUUUCUUCUAUAAUGGACUCCGAGUUAGUUGCGCAUAACGGUGGAUGCCACUGCAAGAAAGUAAGAUGGCGAGUCGAAGCACCUGCUAGUGUCGUAGCUUGGGAUUGCAACUGUUCUGAUUGCUUCAUGAGGGCCAAUACACAUUUUAUUGUGCCUUUGGAACGGUUCAAACUUUUAGGAGAUUCCAAGAACUUUAUUUCAACCUAUACGUUUGGUACUCACACUGCAAAACAUACCUUCUGUAAAGUUUGUGGCAUUACCUCAUUUUACCAUCCACGCUCAAACCCAGAUGGAGUUGCCAUUACUUUCAAAUGUGUUGAUCCUGGAACAUUGACCCACGUUGAGAUUAGGCAGUUUGAUGGGAGCAACUGGGAGGCCUCUUAUGGUCAUACAGGCAUUGCUUCAUUUUCUAAGCUAUCUUAGAACAUUAGUUAAUAUGCAUUUUGAUAUUUGCUAUAAUCUAUGUAUAUGACUGUUGACAUGAACUUUGUUUAGACUUGUAUUUGUACCAAAUGUAUAUUCGUAUUCCGAGUCUCGAGUCUUGUAUGCAGGGCACACCAUAUUUCUA